UAGAACCACGUGUGAAUUUUGUUACGGUGCCAUUUCUUGCGAUACAAUUAGCAAAUAGUCUAGAAUUUGCUCAACCUUUUAGCGGCUCAUGCAUGUUAUAAUGCUGUGUUUGUCCAACAUAUUCAGGCAAUGCAUGUAAAUGACAAUUUAUUUUUGUGAGAGCUAUGUCCUUUCAGUGGUUUUUAUAUUGAUGCAAACAUGUGGAAAAUCAACAUACGUUUAGAGGUGAAAUACCUGAGAAUGACAGAAAAAUAUUUAGUAGAUGUUUGAAUUCCGAAUUACGAAGAUUACCUGUGUUACAUGUAUGUGGCCACUACUAGCUUGAAAUAAUCAACUUUUCUUGCUUCUUCAAAGCAGAAAUCCACUUCCGUUCGCUGUGUUUCGAGGAUGAUAUAAUUUUUCUUUUCUGAUUUUUGGGAACGGUAGGGAAUUUAAACAAUAAAAAACAAACUUACUGUCUCUCUCGUCCCCUUUUGCCCCAGUCCAAUACCGUACACGACUUGGUUAUCGUGAAAAUACAACUUUAUUUUAGUGAAAAAAGAACGUCUCACUGCAAGAUAGUGUACGUACAUAAAACGAAUAUGUUUUUCAACUAUUGUAGGCAGAGGAAAACCUUCAACGAAGCAUUACCUCGACCAACUAAACGAAAGAAACUCCGCAUUUAUACCGUAUUUUAGCUAUUUGUUUGCGUCACACCAGACCAGCAUCUUGCCACUUGUAGCUAUGGCAUUGACCGACACCCUGAUGAGCCUCAGCCGGUGGCAAAACCAGAGUGGCGAAGAGAACUCGCAUAAAAUGUCAUUUUUUAUUUAUUUGUUUUUUUGUCACAAACAUAGAUACUGUAUGCUAUAAGACUAAUUUCUGGAAUUUCGAAAUUCGGUGGGGCAGGUGUUGACGUCUUGUAGUUGCUCUUUGCUCUCUGCUCUUGUUUGGGAAUGGUACUGGGCAGGUGCUCUGGGAGGAGGGACGGUGCGGGUGGGAUGACUGUCGGCGACGGUGGAUGAGCACCGGUAGUUCUAGAUAUUAGACGCUGCUGAGAUUUUGCGUUUCAGCGAGUGAACUUGACAAUUUAAGUAUUAAUUUCUGACGAAAAAUGCCCCUUUGAAAGUAAGUUUGGGCGAGUUUUCUUGAAGACUAUUAAAGAAAUUUCACUACGUCGGUUUUCUGUUCAUUAACAUUUUGAAGAUAGAACUGCGAGGAUUUAAUUAAUUCUUUUGUAUUUGUUGAACGAUCAUAAAUGAGAGAAAUCCUGUAAUGAAAUCAUGGCGAUCAAUCUGAACAAGUAUAGGGACAACUUAUUGUCUGCGUGGAAAGACGUGUUAGAUGAUAAGAGCCCUACAGACUGGGCAUUGUUUGGAUAUGAGGGACAAACCAAUGACCUGAAAGUUGUGUCUAAAGGCUCUGGGGGAAUAGAAGAGAUGACAGAAGAUCUAAACAGUGGUAAAAUAAUGUAUGCUUUCUGUAAAGUUAUAGAUCCAAAGACAAGUCUUCCCAAAUGUGUUUUGAUUAACUGGCAAGGUGAAGGAGCCCCACUUGUGCGGAAAGGCACAUGUGCAAAUCAUGUACGAGAUGUGGCAAGUUUUUUCAAAGGAGUCCAUGUCACGCAUAAUGCUCGCAAUGAAGAAGAAGUUGACACACAACUUAUUAUAGAUAAAGUUUCCAAAUCAACAGGCUCGACAUACAGCUUCAAAGAGCGUGGUGAUCACGUGGAACGUGUGGCACCUAUAGGUACGACAUAUAAGAAAGUAAUUCCAACACAAGAAAUUAAUUCUUUAGAGAGAGACAAAUUCUGGGAGAAAGAAGAGAAGGAAGAGAAACAGAGACAAGAGGAGGAAAGGCGUCGUAAAGAAGAAGAAAGGCUAAUAUUGGAAAAUGAGCGCAAGCAAAGAGAGCUGGAAGAAACAAAAUUGCGAGAAGAACGUGCUCAAGAACGCAACCGAAAUAUUAACCAGCUACGCGAGGCUGAAAGUAGUGCAGCUCAAAAUAGUGCUGCCUCAGCUGCAGCUACAUCUACUGAGGAAGUAUUGGCAGAACGAGAGCAGCAGGAACAAGAGCGACGGAAUCGUAGUGAACUGAUACGCCGUCAGCGAAGUCAGGAAGCCCAAGCUGUGAUCUCUCAACGUACAUUUGAUGCCCGUGCAGUAUUCGAACAAAACACGUCAGCCGGACAGAUGCACAACAGGCGCAAGGCCUCAUUGCCAAUGGGCCUUAGAACUGAGCAGCUGCUGCUGGAAGAGAGUCCUGCCCCAGAGCCUGUACCCAUCGUGCAACCCAACAUAGAAGAGCCCCCUGAGGUACAGCCUGUUCUUCCCGUAGCUGUGCAAGAGGUUUCUCUUGGAAUUACCCAAACAAACCAAACAAACGAGAAUGGCCAGCAGGAGGAUGUACAGAGCAAUACGUGGCAAGAUAUUGCCAAUGCCUCAGAGUUGCAGCCAGAAGUGGAGGAUCCCCUCUUGUUUGAUGCACCAACUCUUGGCUCUGAUCUGGGCCUCAGGGCUCGUGCCCUAUACGACUACCAAGCGGCGGAUCCUACUGAAAUAACGUUUGAUCCUGGAGACAUCAUCACUCACAUUGACCAAAUUGACGAAGGGUGGUGGCAAGGUCUGGGACCUGAUGGCACAUUUGGUCUUUUCCCAGCAAAUUAUGUGGAGCUUUUGCAGUAAUUUCUUCCAUCAUAAAUAAUAUUGUGGUUUGAAUGCAUUAAUUUUGCACUAAUUUCUGGCUAAAUGCCUUGAAAUUUGUUUCUUUCCCUGACUACAUAUGCAGUCCAAUUUUAAAUUCCCGGUUAUUACAUUAUAUAAUUAUAAUGUGACUGUACCUAAGGUAGCUCUAAUUUUUGUUCCUCUGUGAUAAUGUAAUGAUAUCCCAUCUUGUAAAUUUCCUGGUAGCACUGUGAAUAUUCUAUUUUAAAUUAACAGUAUUUAAGAAAUAUUUAAAUGUUGGGAAUUGAGAGAGUUGCUUUGAUAUGGUGACAUGAUGUUAAAAGUAUGUAUAUUCUCAGGUUAAUAGAUAUGAUGCUCAAUUUCUGCUGAUGUUUCUAACUUUCAGAAAUGGGUUUUCAGGGACUUGAAUUGCAGAAAUAAUAGUAAGUUCUAUGAUCAGGAUGUCAACAAACUUUAAAAACUUGAAGAAGUGAAGGAUUUAAAGAGAAACUUAUCAAAUCAUAAUUGUGUUUUUUGUAUCUUAACUUUUAUUUUACAUUGACAAUGGAAAUUUGUUAUAAAACCACAUAAUCAGUCAUGAAUCAGUAUUCAAAGUUUUUAAAAAUCAUGUCCUAUAUAGCAGUUAGUUGUUCAGAAUUAUCUGGAAUCUUUCUCUAACCUUUCUACUAUUCAAUUUACCCUGCUCGCCUGAUCCAAACAUCUAAACAAAAAUUCUGCCAAACGUAUAUUUCAUGAAAUUAGUAAAUAGCAGGCAACUAGAUUAGCUUUUAUUUUUAUUUUUGUAAAGAGUCAUAUGAAGUUUGUUCUAUGUAGGUUCUUAUAAUGAAGUUAAUUUUUUAUAAUGUUUUUGAUUACCUGCACAAUAUAUUUAUAUUACAG